GGUACUACCUAUCCUUCCAUAUUCUGCACCUGCCAUCGACCGAAGGUCACCACCACUGACGCUUAUCGGUAUCUAUCGGCUUCGCCUCUACCAGAUAACAACCUCCUUCACCCAGACACUUUUCAUUACAAUUUAAACUCAUCUGCGAUGGCUUCUCAAGUUGCUGCUGCCAGAUAUGGCAAGGACAAUGUCCGCGUUUACAAGGUCCACCGUGAUGAAAGUACGGGGAUCCAGACUGUGGUGGAGAUGACGGUCCGCGUCCUGUUAGAAGGGGACAUUGAGACCUCCUAUACCAAAGCCGACAACAGCGUCGUGGUCGCGACUGACUCGAUGAAAAACACGAUCUAUAUCCUCGCGAAGCAAGUCCCCGUGACACCGCCAGAGCUGUUCGGCUCGAUCGUCGGAACCCAUUUUAUUGAGAAGUACAAGCACAUCCAUGCUGCGCAUGUUGAUAUCAUCACGCACCGCUGGGCCCGGUUGACCAUCGACGGCAAGCCGCACCCGCACUCCUUCUUUCGGGACAGCCAGGAAACCCGCAACGUACAGGUCGACGUGACAGAGGGAGUGGGUAUCGACAUCAAGUCGUCUAUCUCUGGCUUGACAGUACUGAAGAGCACGAACUCGCAGUUCUGGGGCUUUGUUCGGGAUGAGUAUACCACCCUCAAGGAGACGUGGGAUCGUAUCUUCAGCACCGACGUCGAGGCGAGCUGGAAGUGGAAGCGCUUCAACGGGUUGGAUGCCGUCAAGGCAGUGAUCCCAAAGUUCGACGAAGCGUGGACCGCUGCUAGAGAUAUUACCCUCAAGACGUUUGCAGAGGACAACAGCGCCAGUGUGCAGAACACAAUGUACAAAAUGGCCGACCAGAUCCUGGCGGCUGCGCCUUUGGUUGAGUCGGUCGAGUACUCUCUGCCUAACAAACACUACUUUGAAGUUGACCUUAGCUGGCACAAAGGACUCAAGAACACUGGCAAAGACGCUGAAGUCUAUGCCCCGCAAACGAACCCCAACGGUCUGAUCAAGUGCACAGUGUGCCGAGCGGGCCAAAAAGCGAAGCUGUAAUGUAACGACCUGGUCAUGAUAUCAAGA